ACAAAAUCCGCCACAGCUCCAACGGCGGCGGCGGCAAUGGUCGACGGCGGGCCGACCCUGGACGAUUUACUCCUCGGUGAUGGAGGCCAUGACCUCGAGGAACAAAACCUUGAUCCGUCGUGGCUUGACUCCCUUUUACCCCCUACCAACACGCCACCAGAGGUGUACGUGCCCGAAGAAAACAACACGCUUGGCGCGCUCUUGGCGUACUCAUGCGAAGUCGAAAGCGUCGAGAACGUCGUGACGCUUCUCAAGCAAGGCGCGAAUCCAAACCUGUCCUUUCAUAAUGGCAAGACAGCAAUUGAGUGGGCGACUAUCAAGCAAAACAAGUUGAUUCUCGAGCAUCUGCUUCAACACGACGCUUACGCAGCAGCAGCAGCAGCAGCGCAGAGUCGAGAUCAACAACAAUGGACAUCUCCGAUCAGUCCGGCGCUUCCCCUGCCAGCCGCUAUCCCGUCGCCUCCCCAUCAGAUUUCAACAGCACCGGCCGCAGUGGAUGAAUCAUGGAGCAUUCCCACUCGAAAGCCAACGCCAUUGACUUCAACUAAGCGACCUGUGCCCGCGCCAGAAAAGCGACUCGAAAGCAUGCGCGGUCUGUACAACUACGAGCGUCGGCCAGCCGACCCGCGGGACAAGUCCCGACCUCGCAGCGACGUCGACACCCUAUCGUCGAAAGCACCUCAAACCAGCACCCUUCAGUCAUCCGUGGCUUCCCACGCGCCCACUUCCGUAUCACCUUCACGAGUCCAUCGAUCCACGUCGAGAGUGCGACCGGACAGCCCCGAUUCCGUGCGGCACCCCACGUUGUACAGAUCCAAAUCGCGACCGCGGUCACCGCCCGUUUCAACUACUCCAUUUUCUCGCCGCCUUCGGUCUCACUCCCACGCGAGGCAGCUGUCCUCUGACUCUGCAUCUGGCUUGUCGCGCACCAUCCCAUACCAUCCGUCGAUGGAUAUGUGCGUGUUUUACGUGGGCAACCUGAGCAGUAACGCGACGGAUGCAGAUGUGCGCCGCUUCUUCAAGCACUGCGGCGACAUUCGGUACUUUCGGCGGGGUUCGCAGCCGCAAUGGGGUCACAUAACGUUUGCCACAGCGGACGAAGGGGUUCAGGCCUUGUUGCUGGACGGAGAAACAUUGAUGGGCCGACAAUUGAAGGUUCGAUUCGGCGAUCGAUGCAAUAAGGACAUGAUGGCCAAAGUCGAGAAGAAAAUGCGCAAGUUUCGGCGCAAAACACAACCAAGUCCCGACGAACGCAGCCCUGAUGACCGCCGGGGACGGACGUGGGAGCGGCGGUCUAGCCGCAACGACAGCCCGGAGCGUUGGGAACAUGACCGGUUUCAAGACGACGACGAUCGACGCAAGAUGCGGCGUGGGGGCAACAGCCGAUGGGACACAAGGCACAAGUGCGGAAAAGAUCGGUCGCAAAGUCGACCUCGCAAUGGCGCAAUCUCGCGGGAUCGAUCCAAGAGUCGAUGCCGCGACAAGUAUGAGAAGUGUGGGUCAAACCACGACCGGCAUAGAUCGAAGAGUCACUGUCGACCAUCGACCGACGACAGGGCGAAAGGCCGAAGCAAAGAGCGGACCCACGACCGCCCCAAUCGUCGGGUAGAGCGGCCCCGCGAGAGAUCGAGGAGUCAUUACGGUCCGAAAGAAAACCAGAGGACGUCGGCCGGCCAAGAUCAUGGUCCGGUACGCCCAACGCGUGAGCGAGCCACACACGACUCCAGCCGAUCCAUGAGCGUAACCCAUCGAUUGGAACUCUCGUCUCGGUCGAAAAGCGAAUCGCAUCGACAUGACACGCCUUCCAGAUCGAAAAGUGUUUCCCGGCAUGAUGUAGUCGAUUUGUCCAUGUCAAGUCCGGACGAGAUAGACGAACCCAGUUACGGGAGUCGGUCCCAUCAGCCCAAGCCAUCCAUGCCACGGUCCAUCCUUCACCCGUCGACGUCAAGAUUCGCCGAAGGAGACCUCCGCCAUACGUUGAACCGAAAGCGGUCAAAAAGCAUCGCUCCUUCUUUUGGCCACAUGCAGCGGCAUCGUUCAAUGAGCCAGCACCCUCAACGCGACAAGUCCAAUCCUCGCGAUCCAGCCCGCGAAGCCCAUCUGGCCCAUCACUCCAAACCAAGCUGCUACGGCCCGCAAAACGGGGGCUCCACCAUCCGUGAUCACCAGUCUCCAUCGCGUCGGUCGCCACCUUCGCUCCCCCGCGAUCUUUUCAGUACGGACAAGACCAAGAAGCGGUCCCGGUCCGUUGCAUCCGACGCCUGGGAGCCGGCCUUUACGAUCCCCAAACGACGUCGUUCAUCAUCGUCGACGGCUCCAAUCUCAAAGCCGCCUCGGUUUCAAGUCCACGUGUCCAACGUUUCAAAACGAGCGAACAGCGACGCGCUUCGCCGCAUGUUUAGCAUCUGCGGUCCCCUCGCGCAUUUUCACCGGGACGUGUCGGCCACCGGCGUACCGCAAUCGGUCGUUCACGUUGCAUUUGACGUUCAAGACGCGUUGAAGAAAGCGUUGGAGUUGGAUGGCCUCGAACUGUGUGGUCGAGCGAUUCGAGUCAGGGUGUGGAAUGGGUAGCCAUUCGAGUUCGGGUGCUAGCCAGGGUGUGCAUGGCACGAGGCUGCAAUUAUAGUGACUCAAGGUGGAAUUAAGUGCCAACUGUGUUCGUCUCGCCUUACGGAAGGCAGUGGGGGUCGGUUGAGGUGGACGGACAGGCCAAGCACCAUAGGGACCCUGGAAGUAGCGUCAUCGACCCCUACUCACAACAC